AUGGAACGAUUCUUUAAAAGAAAAUUAUCUACGGAUAGUUCUUCUCCGUCUAAUCCGGGUAGUUCAAAUGCAAGACCAAUUGAAGUAGAUGAAAUAUUAGCUAAUCUUCAGGCAGACCCUGGACUAAGAACUCGAAUGGCGGAUUAUAGUCCUAAUAUUCGAGAUGAGAUCCGAAGAGCAUAUCUACAAAAGGGACCUUGUCAGCCUAGAAGUUAUAAAUUCCCACAAACUAAUCAAACAGGAAUUAAUAGACGCUUCAUUGCUCAAUGGUUUGAUGAGCAUGAUUGGUUGGAAUAUAGUAUUGCUAAAGAUGCUGCGUUUUGUCUUCAUUGUUAUCUCUUCAAAUCUAAUUUUGAUCAAGUGGGUGAUGAUGCAUUCACUGGGGUUGGCUUUAAUAAUUGGAAGAAGGCGAAAGAUAGAUUUAACCUUCAUGUUGGACCGGUUGGUAGUGUUCACAACCAAGCUAGAGAAGUUGCUUACAAUUUGAUGCAUCAAAGACAAAUAAUUGAAAGGUUUGUGGGGGUUCAACAUGUAACCGACACUACUUCAAGUGCACUAAAGGAAGCCAUUGAUGAAUUCUUUUCUUCCGCAAAUUUGAGCUUUUUCAAGCUACGAGGACAAGGUUAUGAUGGAGCUAGUAAUAUGAGAGGUGAGUUCAAUGGCCUUAAGACAAGAAUUUUGAGAGAACAACCUUGUGCAUUUUAUGUUCAUUGCUUUGCUCAUCAACUUCAACUAGCUCUUGUUGCGGUAGCAAAGAAAAACAUUGAUGUCAACUCUUUUUUCACAACGGCUAAUAGUUUGGUUAAUGUUGUUGGAGCAUCUUGUAAGCGUCGCGAUGCACUUAGAGCACAAUACCAAGAAGGGCUAGUGAAAGCUUUUGAAAAUGAUUGUCUUAUAACGGGGCGAGGCUUAAAUCAAGAAACUACUCUCAAACGUGCCGGCGAUACAAUAUGGAACUCACAUUAUGGUACGUUGAUUAGUAUCAUUUCUAUGUUCCCAUCUGUGGUGAAUGUGCUUCAAAUGAUUGUUGAUGAUAAUCCUAAUGAUAGUUCGGGUGAAGCCUAUAAGUUAUGGAGAGAAAUACAAUCUUUUGAGUUUGUGUUUCACUUAUUUUUAAUGAAAGCUAUAUUGGGAAUAACAAAUACUUUGUCUCUAGCAUUGCAAAAGAAAGAUCAAGACAUUGUGAGUGCAAUGAGUUUAGUGAAAACAUGCAAGGAAAACCUGCAGUGGAUGAGGGAUAAUGAGUUUGAAGAAUUGAUUGAGCAAGCAUCUUCGUUUUGUAACAAAUACAAUAUUACAGUUCCUGACAUGGAUGAGGAAUAUGUAAUUCCAGGGAGAUCACGGCGUAAUGCUCCAAUGAAGACAAAUUAUCACCGUUAUCGUGUGGAGAUCUUUAUUCAUGUAAUUGAUGGGCAACUUGUGGAAUUAAAUGAUCGCUUCAACGAGGUAAGUACUGAGUUACUUACUUGCUUGGCAUGCUUGAGUCCGAAAAAUAACUUUGUAGCUUUUGACAAACGAAAGCUAGUUCGUCUUGCUCAAUUUUAUCCUUAUGAUUUUUCGGAUCGAGACUUAUUGAUGCUUGAAGAUCAACUUGGUGUUUAUGUUCAUCAUAUGCGUUCGAGUAGUGAUUUUUCUCAAUUGGAAGGGAUUAGUAGUCUUGCGGAAAAAAUGGUGGAGAAAGGAAUGCAUGAAAUAUUUCCUUUUGUGUAUUUGCUUCUUACAUUGGCUUUGGUUUUACCGGUUGCAACUGCUUCAGUGGAAAGAGCAUUUUCCGCCAUGAAUAUUAUUAAAAAUCCACUUCGCAACAGAAUGGGAGAUCAAUGGUUGAAUGAUAGUUUGAUUGUUUACAUUGAGAGAGAUGUUUUUGCUUGUAUUGAUAAUGAAACUAUAAUGCAACGUUUUCAAAAUAUGAAAACUCAUCGUGGACAAUUGUAA